AUGUUGAGUUGCUGUGCAAAUUUGGCCAAAAUGGCCAAAAUGGCCAAGGUAGGUAAGGUAGCAGGAGUGCCUCGGGGUAUGGUAUAUUCUGGACAAUUGUUUACAACAUCGGCCAUUGUAUUGGCUACUCCGCGUCAGAAAGAAGGUAAGACAAAGCAGGCUAUGAGAAGGAAAGCUGAUGUCAAAGAUAAGGUCAAGAAGACAACUUCGUUGACCCAUCUCGGCUUUAGAGAUGCUGUUCGAGAAUUGAAAUUUGAAAAAUUGGCGCUGGUGUUGAAUGUUGAUGAGUUGAACAUUUCCCUGUUGAAAGCAGAAGUUGUCACAAAGUACCCCGCCAAAAUCGAAGCAAAGUUACGCGCGCUAUUGGCGUUUAAACCGUAUCAACAUCACGAACUAUUCAAGAAUCCAAUAUCACUAGUUACUUCAAACACAGAAAGAAUCAAGAAGCUGUUUGUUGAGCAACUAGAAAAGGGGUCAAAGACGAACCGUAUAUAUCUCGACGGCAAGAAAGGAUGUGGUAAGUCAACCUUGGUAAAUCAAGCCAUAGCGUUAGCAUUGAACAAAUUUGAAAACAAUGUAGUUAUACUACACAUGCAUUCGGCCGACUUGAUCGGGAAUGGUACAUCUGAUUAUUUCAAAAAUAGUAAAUUGGGCUUGUACCAACAGCCAAUGGCCACCAAGAGAUGGCUCACCAAGCUACUCGCUGCAAAUGAAGAUGUCUUCAAAAAGAUAAAAUUGACAAAAGAUGUCCAGUUUGUAAGGGACAAGCGUGAAAUAGAGUUGAAAGCAAACAAGAAUACCAUUUUCGACUAUGUUUCGCAAAAUCGCGAAAUCAAUACUGGUAUGCCAACGAUGUCAUUUCAAUUCUUCAUCCAACAACUAAUAGAUAACUCUGCCAAAUUCCCUGUGAUACUAUCUGUUGAUGAUUUCAACGCCAUGGCAGAUUAUUCCAAAACACAGUACUUCCACCCCGAUCAUACUCCCAUACAUAUCAAUGAAUUCGAACUAGCAGAUACUAUUUUCAAAUUUGCCAGCGGUGAGUUAAGUUUUGAAAAAGGUGGUGUUUUAUUAGCAAAGUCGUUUAAUUUCGCGCCCAAGAGAAUGACAACCCAUAUCGCAGUCUAUCCAGAAGAAGAGUAUGACCCAUAUAUGAAAUUACCAAUGUUUGACAUAAAGAUUGCCCAGCGGUUGUUACAAAAUGGUGGUAUCAAGCCUUUUAAAGUAGAGGAUAUGACAAAGUUGGAGACAAAGGCGUUAUUGAAAUUUUGGAGAGAUCAAAAUGUAUUGAUUGUUAGACAAGAUUUUCACAAACAAGAGUAUGGAGAUACUGAGAAGCCACAAGCAGAAUUUGAUGAGGAAAAACAGUUUGAAAAAAUUGUCCAAUCUAGCUAUGUGAUAUCCCAAGGUAAUCCCUAUGGUUUAGUGAAGCAAAGCUUGUUGAGUUAUUAA